AUGCCAUUAAUCGAUCUGGGAAGUGACUCAUCUAGCAACUCUUCCAGCGACUCCGGCUCUAGCGGAUCCUCCAGCCGAAGUAACAGCGGGUCACGACAACACGAUCAGUGGGAAGCGGCCAUGAGGGGAGCCUCGCUGCCCGACAGCUUAGCCUGUGAAACGGCACGGUGCGCUGUUAUCCGCGGCAUCCGCUGUUAUUAUGAGUUUGCCACAAGCAAUGCCGUCAAGGAGGCGUGCACUAUUUACUCUAAUGUUUACCCCGAGUUCACACGCGCACGCAACGCCCGCCUAAUCAUGAGUAACUAA